AUGUUCAAAGAUUCAAUUUUCAGUUCCUUAUUGGUUGGCCUCUGGCUCCUUAUGAGCCUCAGUUCCAGUGUCACAUCUGCCACAACCCAAGAAUCAAAAUCCUCAACGCGCCAGGUAGAAUGUGGCACUAGUUGGUCAACUAUAGACACCUACAAGAACCCCCUCUAUGUUUCUUGUGGAGACGAAAAGGGCAUCAACACCUGCGACGACACAACUUGUCACAUGGGUGGGCCGAAAGGUAACGCUGAUAGUAACCCAAUGAACCACGAGCUCUUCUUUGAUCAAUGUGCCAAAAUUGAUCACCAAGGCAAAGAACUCACCAAGCCAAUCUACCGGAUUUUCCCCAGGACUUACAAAGUCAGCGAACGAGACAACAUCAUGGCUUACGGCUUCUCUCCUAGUGAAUCCAGUUACGCACCCUCAUUUUUCAAAUGUCGUUACGACCAAGCCUCUGGUCUCAACGUUCGCAGAGUUUGGUGCGAUUCUUGCUUCCCCAAACAAGCCCAACAAUGA